UAACUUGAGCCGCAGAGGGUGUUCCUGCCUAAACUUGCUGCAAACGAGAGCAUGUAUUUAAAGACCACUGACAGUCGCUCGCAGUGUCGCGCCUGAGAUCGCUCAUCCUCAGUCCACACUUGCUUUGUUACAGAGUGCCACGUCACCCAUCUGACAAAAUGCCUCCUCCUGGUGUGUGUCUGAAUAUUAUGAAUGAACGCCAUAAGAAAAAGGGCAAAGGAUCCCUUGAACACCCUGACAAGUUCCUGGAUCAGGACUUUGAGCAGCUUCUGCAAUACUGCAACAUUAAUCGCAUGAGGUACAUAGAUGACAUGUUCCCACCGGAUCUUAGGUCGAUUGGAAAAGAAGUACUACAGCCUGAUGAAAUGGCCAGGGUUGUUUGGCUAAGACCAGGGAAAAUGGUGGAAUAUCCUCAAUUCAUUUUAGAUGAUGUAUCAAGAUUUGAUUUUGGACAAGGAGCUAUUGGAAACUGUUGGUUUCUGGCUUCUAUUGGGGCACUGACAUUUCAGAAACACAUUCGGGACCAAAUUAUACCUGCAGAGCAAUCUUUUCAGGAUGGUUAUGCAGGCAUAUUUCAUUUCAGGUUCUGGAGAUUUGGGAAGUGGGUCGAUGUGGUGAUUGACGACAAGCUUCCAACAAUUGAUGGGAGACUGAUAUUUGUACGCUCAAAAACCCCCAAUGAGUUUUGGGCUGCACUGAUGGAGAAGGCCUAUGCCAAGGUUUGUGGCUCCUAUGCCGACAUGAACGCUGGCAGCGUGUCUGAGGCCCUGAUGGACUUCACAGGCGGCAUUCACAUGACAUUCAAGCUGGACGAAGCACCCCCUGACCUCUGGGACAUCAUGUUCAGAGCUGCCCAGUCCAAAUCCCUAAUGGGCUGUGGCACGCCUCAAGGAGCCACAGCUGCCAACACUGUUUUACCUAAUGGAAUUGUGGAGGGUCACGCCUACACGAUCACAGGAGUCACUAAGGUAAUGAGCAACAAUCAGCCUGUGAAACUGGUGAGAUUGUUCAAUCCAUGGGGACAAGGAGAGUGGAAAGGGAAUUGGUGUGAUCAAUCUUCCAACUGGAAUACUGUGAGCCCGGAGGACAGAAAACAGUGCCACUCAGUGGCUGAAGAUGGCGAGUUCUGGAUGUCAAUGGAAGAUUUCUGCCAGAGCUAUUCUGAAAUGGAUAUCUGCUGUUUGUGCCCCGAUUUCCUCGAUGGAGAAUCAGAGUGCCACUGGACCUCCAAAUUUCACGAUGGCCGAUGGGUUGCUGGAAUCACCGCUGGCGGCUGCAUGAAUUACAGGGAUAGUUUCUGGACAAACCCUCAGUAUCGCAUCAAGGUGGACGCUGUGGACGAUGCUUGCGCCGCGGAGCAGGGACCAAACAACAUGCUGGUGUCCCUCAUGCAGAAGCCCGACAAGAGGAACAGACGACUGGUCGCCAGCCUUCACAUUGGCUUCUCCGUUUUCAGUGUGCCACCGGAGUACCAAGGGAGACGAGGGAAGUUACCUGCAGAGUUCUUCAUGAGGAACCCUGUAGCCUCAUCCAAAAACUACCUGAAUGCUCGAGAGGUCAUGGAGUUCUUCAGAUUGGUCCCGGGCGAGUAUAUCAUUGUCCCGUCCACUUUCAAGCCCAAUGAGACGGCCUCCUUCAUCUUGGCCAUACUCUCCAAGACAGACAGCCAUUUUGAGGAAAGUUCCUCUCAUCAUGGGGAGAUUCAGAAGCCCACCCCAAGUAAAAACGAAGGUGAUAACGACUCCAAAGCAACCUUUUACCGACAGAUGUCAGAUCAGUAUGAGGAGGUGGGUCCUGAGCAACUCCAGAAGCUUCUGAAUCAGAGACUUCUUGAAGACAAGUCUCCAGGGUUUGGCAUCGAUACCUGCCGCAGCUUGGUUGCCAUGAUGGAUCUUACGGUCACAGGCAAACUUGACAACCGUGAAUUCCUUCGGCUGUGGGACCGAGUUGUCCGCUAUAGUGACAUUUUCAAUCGUGUUGAUAUAACAAAAAAUGGUUCCCUGACUCUUGGUGAACUGCGGACUGGUAUGAUUGCCACAGGUGUGCAGAUGAACGAUGACAUGCUGAAACUCAUGGCUUUGCGCUACGGUGGCUCAACAGGACGUCUGACGCUGGAGAGCUUUGUGUCCUUCAUGCUGCGCUUGGACUGCAUGUCCAAGAUAUUCAACAAAAUGUCAGAUGGGAUGGGCAUGUACCUUCAGCAGAGUGAGUGGCUGUAUCUCACUAUGUAUUCCUGAAGAAGCUUCAGUUGAGGAAAAAGAGGAAGACCUCCUGUACUCAAGAUCUUACUAUGAUGUUCUUAACCACUUAUUUAGCAAUACUAUAUCCAAACAGUCACACUCAAAAAGCAACUUGAAUUUGAAUAUGUAUCAACUAAUGUCUAGGGAACUCAUGGUAUAGUGAAUUGGGAAGAACAAUGCAUUUUCCUUUAUAUGUUGUGCUUUAAUGCUACAGUUCUUGCUCUGGCCAUAUUAUACUAUACAGUAUGUAUUUACACACCCUGGGUUAGUAUGUGUUUACAUUUGUGAGUGUUUUUAGCUACUGUGGCCAACCAUAUACGAUCAGUGUAUUCAUCGGGCCAGCAUGAGUUGCAUAUCAACCCCACUUCACCAAGUAAAAUUCUUGUUUUUUUUUUUUUUAUGUGUGUGGAAAAAGAAAACAACUUGGCAUAAUGAUUCUGAUUCCGAUUCAGAUUCUGAACACAUUCAGGCUGCUGAAGGUCUGCAUGCAGUAACUAUCUUUUUAGAAUGGUAUUUAAUGUGUAGUAGCUCCAUACAGUUUGAUUAACAUGUUAUAUUUUUACAGUGUAUAAAUAGAUACCGGUAAAGCAUGAAUGUUUCUUUCUUUGGCAUAACUAGACUUUUGUAGAUGUAACUGCAGGUUGGCCUUAAUUGCAUUUCUUACAGGGAGUGAGGAUUACCAUAGGCUUUGCAUCUGAUUUCUUAAUGCUUUAAAAUAACAUAUCAUGGAAAGUAAAAUAAAUAUUUUCUAUGAGAGUUCCUUCAAUGAUACAAUGAUACAAAAUUAUACUUUAUAACCUGGAAGUUGAAUUUUCAUACUGGGACCUUAUAUAGAUUUCUAUAAGAGAUUUCUAAUAUACUCUUUCAGGACUAUUAGCUGUCACCAGUUGUGUUGAUUUGUAAGACUUUGGACAUACAAUAUGAGGAAUUACUUUAAUAAACACAUGAAAAUAAAAUAAACCUUCUUU